AUGCCAUUUUGGUUUUGUUCCCGGCUGUAGUGAGUAGAGUGACUCAACAGGAACUUGGGUUUCUGACGAAAUCGUUUGGCUUUUAAAAUAAGGUAAAAGGAAAGUAGCAACGGGCUGAAAGCGUUGAAGCGAUAGAGAGGAGAGCAUUCCGGACGAAGAGGGAGGAAAACGAAGGUUUAUUGAUGUCCAGCUCGCCGCUGUCGAAAAAGCGCCGUGUAUCCUGUUCAGAGACGAAGACGGGAUCAAAUUGCUCUUCGGUCAACUCUAUAAGAACUGAUCUAACUUCCAAUCCAGCCAACGGCAUGGCUAAGAAUGGCAAUGAAGUUGAAAUUGAUGAGGGGCUGUAUUCUAGACAACUGUACGUGUUGGGUCAUGAUGCAAUGAAACGCAUGCAAAACUCCAGUGUGCUAAUUUCUGGAAUGAGAGGUCUUGGAGUUGAGAUUGCAAAGAAUGUCAUUUUGGGAGGUGUUAAGAGUGUUACAGUGCAUGACAUAGGAAUCACUGCCUGGAGCGAUUUAUCCUCACAGUUUUAUCUCAAAGAAGAUGACAUUGGAAAAAACCGUGCAGAGAUGUCCCAACCACGCCUUGCAGAGCUGAAUAACUAUGUGCCUGUAUCUUCAUAUACAGGAGUUCUUACAGAAGACUAUCUCCUCCAGUUUCAGGUAGUUGUGCUGACAAACCCCACAAUUGAAGAUGAGUUGUGGAUUGCAGAGUUCUGCCACAACAAUGGGAUCAAAUUUAUUCUUGCUGAUACUCGUGGCUUAUUUGGUCAGCUGUUCUGUGAUUUUGGGGAAGAAAUGACUGUGAUUGAUACAAAUGGAGAGCAGCCUCUGACUGCUAUGAUUUCCAUGAUUACAAAGGAUGAAGCAGGAGUUGUAACUUGUCUUGAUGAAGCACGACAUGGCUUUGAAAGUGGAGACUAUAACUUUACUGAGAUCCAAGGCAUGACUGAGCUCAACAACUGUGACCCAGUUGAGAUCAAGGUGUUAGGUCCUUACACAUUCAGUAUUUGUGAUACCAGCAGUUUUUCAGAUUAUGUUCGAGGAGGAAUUGUCACGCAAGUUAAGAUGCCCAAGAAGAUCAGCUUUAAACCCUUGUCAUCUUCAAUGGCUGAACCAGACUUUAUCAUGACCGACUUUGCUAAGUUUGACCGCCCAGGUCAGCUACAUAUUGGGUUCCAGGCCCUCCGCCACUUUGCAAAACAACAUGACAGAAUGCCAAAGCCUUGGAAUAAGUCAGAUGCUGAAGAGCUGCUGUCCAUUGCCAAAUCCAUCAAUAGCUGCUCUAUCGGAAGUGCUAAACAAGAGCAGCUUGAUGAAACCCUGUUAAAGAAGUUAUCCUAUGUGUCAGCAGGAGACCUUGCUCCUAUCAAUGCAUUUAUUGGAGGCCUAGCAGCCCAGGAAGUCAUGAAGGCCUGCACUGGAAAAUUUAUGCCUAUUGUCCAAUGGCUAUACUUUGAUGCUCUUGAAUGUCUUCCUGAAGCAGAGGAGUCCAUACCUACUGAAGAGGAUUGUGUGUUUAGAAACAGUCGGUAUGAUGGACAGAUUGCUGUGUUUGGAUCCAAGAUUCAGGAGAAGCUGUCAAAGCAAAGAUAUUUUUUGGUUGGUGCUGGAGCAAUUGGUUGUGAGCUGCUGAAGAAUUUUGCUAUGAUUGGUCUUGCCUGUGGUGAGGGUGGAGAGGUCAUUGUUACUGACAUGGACACCAUUGAAAAGUCUAAUCUAAACCGACAGUUUCUGUUCAGAUCUUGGGAUGUCACUAAAAUGAAAUCGGAGACUGCCGCUGCUGCAGUUAAACAAAUGAAUCAUCAGAUACACAUCACUGGUCAUCAGAACAGAGUUGGACCAGACACAGAGAGAGUCUAUGAUGAUGAUUUCUUUGAGGGAUUAGAUGGAGUGGCCAAUGCAUUGGACAAUGUUGAUGCCAGAAUGUACAUGGAUCGCCGUUGUGUGUAUUAUCGGAAGCCUUUGUUGGAGUCUGGCACAUUGGGAACAAAGGGAAAUGUGCAAGUGGUCAUUCCCUUCUUGACAGAGUCAUACAGUUCUAGCCAGGAUCCUCCUGAAAAGUCUAUACCCAUCUGUACUUUGAAGAACUUUCCUAAUGCAAUUGAGCACACCUUGCAGUGGGCCCGUGAUGAGUUUGAAGGUCUAUUCAAGCAGCCAGCAGAAAAUGCAAUGCAGUACCUCACAGACCCGAAAUUCUUAGAACGCACCUUGAAGUUGCCUGGAGCACAGCCUCUUGAAGUACUGGAGGCAGUUUAUAAGAGUCUGGUCAAUGAUUGUCCCAAGAAUUGGGAGGACUGCGUUGCCUGGGCCAGGAAUCACUGGCAGUGCCAGUAUAACAAUAACAUUCGUCAGCUUCUGCAUAACUUUCCACCAGAUCAGAAAACAAGCUCAGGAGCUCCUUUUUGGUCAGGACCAAAGAGGUGUCCCCAUCCACUGGAUUUCAGCACCAGUAAUGCCUUGCAUAUGGACUAUAUUAUUGCAGCAGCCAAUUUAUUUGCCCAGACAUAUGGUAUAAAAGGUUCCACAGACAGGGUUACAGUUAUCAAGAUCCUGGAGUGUGUUAAAGUGCCACAGUUUAUUCCAAAGUCAGGAGUCACCAUUCAUGUAUCAGACCAAGAUUUGCAAAGUGCUAAUGCUUCAAUUGAUGAUUCUAGGUUGGAAGAGCUAAAAUCUAUUUUACCCAAGCCCGAUGCCUUAACCAAUCUUAGGAUGACAUCGAUUGACUUUGAGAAGGAUGAUGACACAAACUUUCAUAUGGACUUUAUAGUAGCUGCAUCUAACCUCCGUGCUGAAAAUUAUGACAUAAGUCCUGUGGAUAAGCAUAAGAGCAAACUGAUUGCUGGAAAAAUCAUCCCAGCCAUUGCCACAGCAACAGCUGCAGUGGUUGGCCUUGUGUGCCUGGAGCUCUACAAAAUAGUACAAGGCCAUCAGAAGCUAGAGUCUUACAAAAAUGGCUUCAUGAACCUAGCUUUACCUUUUUUUGCCUUUUCUGAGCCCAUUGCUGCACCAAAACACAAGUACUAUGAAACUGUCUGGACACUUUGGGAUCGCUUUGAGGUCAAAGGAAUCCAGCCCAAUGGAGAAGAAAUGACUCUUAAACAGUUCUUGGAUUAUUUCAAGAAUGAACACAAGUUGGAAAUUACUAUGCUUUCCCAGGGAGUCUCUAUGCUAUAUUCUUUCUUCAUGCCUGCUGCUAAAUUACGGGAGCGCUUUGAUCAACCGAUGACGGAGAUUGUGACGAAAGUGUCUAAAAAGAAGCUUGGCAAACAUGUUAAGGCCCUUGUCUUUGAACUUUGUUGUAAUGAUGACACAGAUGAAGAUGUUGAGGUUCCCUAUGUCAGAUAUACAAUUCGUUGAGACCUCCAGUGGAGCAGAAGAGGGUCUGGCAAAGAAGGACAGAUGAGAAUUUCUGGGAGAGGACAUACAAUCUAGAGCAGAGGAGAAGGCUGCUGCAGGAUUUGCUGCUGAGUUAAAUGAAGCGAUUUGUAGAAUAUGCCUAAGGAGGAUAAACUGAUUAAGCAGUGACUGGCAUACAUACUUUUAAUACACAGAAAUUAAAACCAUUCUUUUAAACCAAUGAAUCAUACAUUGAAGUUUUCAGGGUUAUCUUCUUAAUGUUCCUUUUUUUAUUUGUACUACGGUUUUAUUUUUCAAAUAAAAAUGCAUGGCGCUAAAUUAAAGAGGAAAGCAUCCUUCCUUGAAACAUUAACUAGUGUGAUACUUCCAGGCCUCAAAUAUGGGAAGGUUGUACUUUCUCGUACAUUGUGGUCCAGUUAACUGCAGCAUUUCUUUCAUGAUUCACUCGCAGCCUGUUUCUCUGUAGAAUCUUUUUGUAGUAGCUUCAGUUAAUGUCUCAAGUGUUUGAAAUCUUCCAUUAAACGUGCAGUUGCAUGUAUUUUUCAAUUUUAGGUCUGCAUCUUUUACACCACAUAUUAAUAGCUGUCUGUCACAAUACCAUGAUAACAUAUUCCUAAUGGUGUGUAUGAUAUUUUUGAAUUUAUUUUGUGUGUAUAAAAAUGUAAGGUAAUGUCAUGAUCUUCACUAAUGUGCAAAAUUAAGUUUUUUUGGUGUCUUUUGCCUUUGUAAGAAUUUUAAUGUACAACCUGCUCCCCUGCAGAACCAUAUUGACUGCCAAUUUAAUCAGGAUAAUGUAAUAAUUAAAUACAUAAUAUAUAUAUAUAUAUAUAUAUAUAUAUAUAUAUAUAUAAAUAAAAUAUAAAAGGAUGCAAAUGUGGCAAGCACCAGCAUGAAUCUUUAUAAAGUUCUCUCCCGAGUUAGCAUCCCUGUCCUACCAAGCAUUGCAGCUAAGUGUGUCUAUAUAUAUAUAUAUAUAUAUAUAUAUAUAUAUAAAAUUUUUUGGUGGGGGGGGGGGGGGAUUUGCUGGUCUGUGGUGAGCUCAGGCUCUGGUUGAGGCAUGAAACAUACUUACUAAGAACUCUUCUGCACCACCUUAUAGACUUGAGUCUUUCUACUUUUUGUUUAAUAAUCAGAUAUGUAAUAAAAUGCAAUUAUUCUGUAACUGAAGCACAUAGUGCAAGAAUUAUUAAAAAUUAAGAACUUA